UUUCCCCUGGAACCGUGCAAUGGGGUUGUUAUCAAAGAUGUGACUGUGGCCGUGCUACAGGAAUACUUCGGGAACGGACAACUCACAGCCGAGCAAUUGAGCCAAUGCUACGUGGACCGCAUUGCAAAGACCAACCCAUUUCUCCAUCAUGUGAUCGAGAUCAAUCCAGACUGGCAGACCAUCGCUCAAGGCUUGGACAGCGAGCGAGCCAACGGCACCAUCCGAAGUCCACUCCAUGGCAUUCCGAUCUUAGUCAAGGAUAACAUCGCCACAGACGACCGGAUGAACACCACCGACGGCAAUCUUGCGCUUCUCGGCAGUAAAGUCGCAGAUGACGCUUUCGUGGUGAAAAAACUUCGUGCUGCCGGCGUCGUCAUCCUCGGCCAUGCCAAUGAAUCCGAGGAUGCAGAUCACCGAGCAGUCAUCGACUUCUCAGAAGGCUGGUCUGACCGUGGCGGACAGUGUCGAAAUGUCUGGAAUGGCACGCAGCAGACUGCAGGAAGCUCGACCGGAUCCGCGCAGGCUGUGGCGGGAUAUAACAUUUUACUGAGUGUGGGCACGGAGACUCAUGGUUCUGUGCUGCAUCCCGCUGGUCAUGCUGGAGUUGUCGGAUUGAAACCUACUGUCGGUUUGACGAGUCGGGAUGGUGUCAUUCCCGGCUCGCACAAUCGUGACUCUGUGGGGACGUUUGCGCGGAAUGUACACGAUGCGGCGCUGUUGCUGGAUGCCAUGUACGGCGUCGAUGAGAAUGAUCCUUGGUCGGUGUUGCAGACGGGAAAAACUCCUCCGGCUGGGCACGCGCAGUUUGCCACCGACUCAUCCGCUCUGAGUGGUGCAGUGUUUGGCAUCCCCUAUCAUAUUUGGUGGUCGACCGUCGCCGGAAUCAGAGCGCCUGGGAACGAAGUCAAGUUUCUCGAGCGGAUCGAACAAUUAAAGCAAGCUGGGGCUACCAUUAUCAACAUCACUGAGCCUUUGCCGUAUGCAGAUGAAAUCCAAAAUGCGUAUGGUUGGGGAGAUGCUGCAAACACCCCCUAUUGGCUGCAAAGCGCUCGAUAUCUCAAUGUGGACUUGUACAACGGGUAUACAGAGUGGCUGCAGAAGAUUUCCUGGCCAAAGGGUCGACGAGAAGAACUUCCGCUGGAGAAUCUCGGAGAUCUUGUGGUGUGGAAUAAUCAGAACAACGACUCGACAGGUGCGCUGGGAGGUGCCUAUCCCUGGAAGAGUGGACAGGACGCACUCGUGGCCGCUGUAGCAACGUCUGGCAUUCGUUCCGAUCGGUAUUGGACAGCGCUGCACUGGCGACAAGUUCGAUCUGAAGCCUGCAUCAAUGGUGCCUACAUCCACACUUUUCCCAACGGCACCACAAUCACUCUCGACGCAGUGCUGAUUCCCAACGUGGCCAGCGCCAGCUCUUCAUCUGCCAUGGCAAGUGUCCCCGAUGCGGCACAGUAUCCUGCCAUUACCAUCCCCAUCAAUGUAGACGGCUACAAUGUGCCCAUGGGUCUCGGAAUCUGGGGAACAGCGUACACGGAGAGCAUGCUGGUGAAAUGGGCAUCUGCAAUGGAAAGUCUG